GAGAGUGGCGGUGGCCGCCCGAGCUCCGCUGCGGGGGCGGCUCGCCGGGAUGCGGCCCCCGCGCAGCCAGCGCCGCCCGUCCGCAUGGGGGACCGCCGCCGCUGCUGCUCUGGUCGGGGGAGGCUGCCUGGCGGCGUGUUGCAGCGGGCGGCCGCGCGUGUUCCCGACGGUGCUGGCUCAGAAAGAAGAUGUCAUUCAUGCAGACGUGGAUGAAAGGCUGUGUCUUCGAAAGCACCGCUUCAUGCAUUUUGCAUCGUUGGAAUAUGAAGGAGAAUAUUACAUGACACCAAGAGAUUUCUUGUUCUCAGUAAUGUUCGAUCAAGUUGAACACAAUAUGCAGAAACAUAUGGCCAGCCUCAUGAGCAGUUUAGGCAAAGCCUCAGCCAAGAAACUGACAAAAAAGGAGGUAGAUGCUGCACUGCUGUAUGUUGCCAAAGCUAAACCAGGACCAACCUUUUUUAGAGAGCUUGGUGAUAAAGGGUUGAUUUCUUAUGCAGAGUAUCUGUUUUUGCUGACAAUUCUUACGAAACCCCAGACUGGACUUCAGAUUGCCUUUAAAAUGUUGGAUGCAGAUGGCAAUGAACAAGUUGAAAAGAAAGAAUUCUUUAAGCUACAGAGAAUCAUUGGGAAGGAAGAUGACUUGAAAGCAGCUGGAGAUGAAACUGUACUUCGGGAAACAGAACUGGACAGCUGUGGUGUUAAUACUGUGUUGCUGGUACAUUUCUUUGGAAAACAAGGAAAGGAAAAACUUCGCUUUUCCGAGUUUUUCAGAUUCAUGGAAAAUCUUCAAACAGAAGUCCAAGAAAUGGAAUUCAUCAAGUUUUCAAAGGGUUUGAACGUCAUGAGAAAAGAAGACUUUGCGGCAUGGUUGCUGUACUUCACUGAUGAGGAAAACAAUGAAAUUUACUGGCAGAAUGUGAAAGACCGAAUCGAAGCAGGAGAGAACAUCAGUUUGGAAGAAUUCAAGACUUUCUGCAAGUUUACAAAUAAUCUGGAAGACUUUUCCAUCGCCAUGCAGAUGUUUACUGUAGCCAAUCGUCCUGUUAAGCGGGCUGAGUUCAAAAGAGCAGUGAAGGUGGCAACAGGACAGGAUCUGUCAGAUAAUGUUUUGGAUACCAUCUUCAAGAUUUUUGAUCUAGAUGGAGAUGACUGCCUCAGCCACAGCGAGUUUCUUGGAGUCCUGAGGAACCGAAUUCACCGAGGCUUGAGGGUACCACAGCAGCAAGGCAUUCAAGGUUUCUGGAAGUGUGUGAAAAAAGAAAGCAUUAAAGAAGUCAAAGAACUUUGGAAGCAAACUGGGAAAAGUCCUUUUUAAAGCAGUCCAUUUUUCUUUUGCUUAAGUGGUUUUUCUUUAGGGGAGUUUGUCUGUCCUGUUUACAUAAUAACUAAAUCAAAAAUGCUCCUUUUUUUAGCUAUAGUUAAAGUUUAAUUAACCCAGACUCUAAUGCAAUAAUUUUAUAAUCAUUACAGUGCAAUCAGUUUGGUUUACAGAACUGGUGUCGCUUUUGGCCUCCAUACCAAAGUACUCUUGUUCUGGGGAAUAGUGUUGUUUACUGCUCUGUGGAAUCUGACCCUGCACUGUAGGAUACAGGAUGCACAGGAUUGAAUCAUGGCCCCCGGCCAGGAACAUCACGGCAGUAUCAUCUCCUGUUGAAGGAGUGAACAUCAUCUCAGCCACCCACACAGCAGCUCUCCUUCUCCAGCAAGGGUAGAGGUCCACAAGGCAAAAUCACUUGCACAACAAAUUUUAAACCAAGUUAUCCUAAAUCAAAAAGGAAAAUUCACACCUUGUUAUGGGGAUCUGCUCAUGUGCUGGUUCCUGAUGCUUGAUUCCACCAGUUCCUGUGUGGAUGUAUGGUUUGUCUGCCCUCAUGGUGUUAUUAUUAAACUGGAAAAAUACAAGACUGAUGGGCUUGAUGCAGGGUUUAAAAGUUGUACAUUGAUCAAUGAGUGUGUAUUGAGUGUCUCAGACCUCUUCCACAUAGUAUAAAUGGGAAGAAAAAAAUCCUCAUUCUGUCAAACACAGUGGUAGCUACAAUUUGACUCAUUACUAUUUUGCUUUAGUUGUAUUGCAGAAGAUGAAUACGUAACAAAUAGUUGUUUUAUCUCACUAAAUGUUGUGACAGGAAAACCUCAAGUAUCUCAGGAAAUCAAGGUUAUAAUAAGCCAUUGUUGAGGUAUGUCCAAUAAAAAACCAAAUACAAAUGUUUAUUACUCCAAAUGCAAAGUUAGACCUAAGAUCUUGAACACUAAAAAGAGGAACAAAUCAAGACUAACACUUAGAAAUUACAGAUGAACUUUUUUUUGCAAUAACAUAAGGUGCACCUCUGUGUACACAGGUGUGCAUGUUACAUGUUUUGUCUUUCUUACAAUCCCAGGAGCCAAAAGCCAGGUCCAGAUCACUCUUCCUAGUUUGCCAUAUAUAUAGGAGAUAGACUUGUCUGUAAAGCUGUCAAGGUUCUUCUUCUUUCCCACUCUCAGUUGUCUGACUUGUCUUGGCUGGAGUGAAAGCUUAGCCUUUCAGGAUAGGUUUGUGGUAAUAGAGUUAAUAGACUCAAAACAUGGACUAGGGAAAUGUCUUAAAAAAAUAACGAAGAAACCACUCAGUGAGGAACUAUCCAUCCGUUUGUUGCAUUACAUCAGCUGUGUUUGCUUCAAAGCUCAACAUGUUGGUUGUCAUUUCUUUGGGGUUUGUAAGAAGAGGGGCAAUUUCCAUGACAGGUAAGACAUCAGGGCAGCUCUCACUUGGUGCAGGGACAGGAGAGAAUGCAUCGGGAAACGCUAAAGGUCCCUCCUAAGAAAUACUGAGAUUACUGAGAAUGUGUUUGAUGUGUCAGUAGCUAUCAUGUUUGUGCUGAGGACAAGCCCUCCUGCCUGAGCCUCGGCACAGUGGCUCCUAGGGAACACAGUGAGAGACCAGCAAAGCAGCUCUUCCCUCGUGGCCUCAGCUUGGAGCUUUAAUCUAAAGUGUUAAAGAGAAAAUGCUGGUAGUCCUGUCACGCACAUGCACCCAGAAGAAGAUCAUGCCUGUGGGGAUGUCCUGAGACUAUCUGGAAGAUCAUGCACCAGUGACCAUCAAGGAUCCCUUUUUCCCCAGGAAAAAAUCCAGAUGAAGUAAAUGCCUCAAACUGAGCUCAUGCAGUGCUAUGUGGGCAGCAGGAUAGCGGGUGCUGGUUUUCUUUGUGUAUUUGGAAAUUGCUUGUUGCUUCUCAUGGUGGGAGCAAAGGUGGGGCAGUGGGACUGGCACCACAGUACCACAGCCAGCUGCACUUCCCUGAAUUAUCCAAAAAAUGACACUAUUGAAGAAGAGCUGCCCUGGCACAGAAAUGUGUAUGUGUUCACCCAGUGUGCUUUGUGCCAGCUCUGGCUUUAAUGCAAGGCUGCCUUUUAUUUGUUGCUGUUAAUAUUUUGGCAUAUCAUUUUUACUUUGGAGUGGAAAUUAUUCCCUAGCAUUUUAUUCUGUGUGAAGUUAAUAGGCUUAUGAUGUUUUUUAUUGCUUUUGUGGUUUCUUCUGUUUACUAAUUACUUCCUUAUUACAAGCUGUUUGGUUUUCUUUUGGAAAAAUCGACUCAUUUAGCUUUAGUGUAUCUAGAAGUUUAAUUUCUCAGCACUCAUUUGUAUCUGGGUUUGUGCAAUCAGCAGUAUCUGCUUUCAGGGAUUUCAAGUUUUAUUUUCUAGCAAAAGCUUUAAUUUCAAGUUCAGAGGAAAAGCAAAGGGAUAUGCUUGGGUUUGAUAUGAAUUUUGUGUCUAUAGUAAAAAGAAAAAAAAGAUUGAUUGGAAAUUAAAACAGACUUAUGAAUAAUUUUCAGAAGUUAUCCUGAAAGUGCAGCCAGGAAGGAACUCCUUUAAAGGCCAGGGAUGACUUGUCCGCCAGGCUUGAAGAAUCAGACUCUGCAUUUAAUUUGUAAGUUUGUUGUUAUUUGUCAACUAAAAUGGUUUGUAAAACAGUCUUAAGUAAUUUCUCAUUUUUAGUAUCUUAGAUUAAAAGAGAUAUUUAUGUAUUUAGAUGCACCCUGUUUUUUAAGAAAGUCAUUAUAGUUUAAGUGUUUGAUGUUUUAGUUCCUUUUAGUCACUGUAUGAUAUUUGCAGCUUGCUGUGAGCAUUACUUAACACAUUUUAGUUAAGGCUUAUGCCAGCUACCAGUCUAAAUAUAUCAAUUGUGAUUUGUUUUAACAUAAGGAACUCUUCCUCUGAACAGGAAUGUAUAGAAAAGCUAAAUAAAAUCAAUUUUUUUUAAUCUACCACAUUGCAUCUGAAUUUUACAUAGAACAAAAAUUAAUACAUUGCACAUUGCAAAAGUAUCAAAAAUUGAUAUAUCAAAAGGAUACACAAAAGCAAGUGCAGUCACCUACAGUAACUGCAUUACAGAAUUUUAGUUGUUGUAUCCCCAUAGUACUUCUUGCAUUUCUUUGUUUGUUUACUUUAAGAUAAUGUCUAAUAACUAUUUAUUCUUCAUUUCCAAAUGAAGCAAUGGCAAAAAUGGAGUGUGAUAUACUAGAAGUAAUCGAAACUCAUUGAUUGUUUCUAGAAAUUAAUUCUGGUGUCUCAGUUUGUACAAGCCUCUUUCUAAAAGCAAAAGUCCCUUUGGGUUCAAACCAAGCUGGCAGGUUUUAACAAAACAGGCAACAAUGAGGAGUACAUGUUCUGCAUAGCAGACAAACAACCAGGCCAUGGACUGUGGUUUCAUGGCACUUCACAUGUUCAAUGCAUGUAACAUAAAAAGGAUCACUACCCAGUUAAGGGCAAGAAUGGGAACAAUCACAUUGCUUAGAGGAAGUAUAAAUUUCAGGUAUAUUGACCAUACUUGGACUGAAACAUAGAAAUGGAUCAAUAAGUGUACAUCAAACUUUUAAAUGAACUUUCUUCUCAUGCUGGAGUUCUCACAGGAGAGGGCAAGCAUGCCUCAUACCUUCAGUUUUGUUUUUUCCUGUAAAACAAUCACAGCUGGUUCUGGAAACUACUCCAAUGCAGAAAAAAGCCUUCAGUCAUUCUAAACAGAAAACACGUGUCCAAAUGAUGUUGUGGUCAUUAUUAGUGAGAUCCAAGUUGCCCCAACAAACAGCUCCUGUAAUGCAGUUGGUCACAGGGGGAGCAUCAAGAUGGCAGAUGUAGACUCUUCUAGUGCCCAGCUGGCCACAGAAGCUCCUGCUGCAGAAGCUGAAGAUGUCAUCCAACAAGAAGCUGAAAGCCCUUUGCAGAACAGAAAACCUGAGAGACUUGAGCACGCACAAAAUUAAUCAGCAAACAAGUGUGUAUCUCUUCACUCAUUUAUUUGAAUGUUUCCCAUUGGCUUUGUUUAUUAAACAAUUCCUAGCUGGCUCAAUAAUAAAAAAAAUCAUACAACAUAUGUGGAGACAGAUUUCCCAUUAGGCUGAAGUUGGCUUAGUUAAUGAUGUUUCCAGUUCAUUAAUUGGAGUGCCCUAGUGCAGAGCUCUGCUUGCUGUCCUGGGCUGCUGUUCCUGCACACCAGCAUUGCAGGGAACCUGCUCAGCACUGCUCACACCUGCAGGGGCUCUGCCUCAGCAUCUCAUGCCCUGAGGAGUAAAAGACCAUGGUUUUCCUCACCUGUGUGCCCAUUGUGAGUUUAGAUUGAAUGCUAGGGAAAAAAAACUUCAGAUAAAGGGUUGUCAAGCACUGGGGAUAAGCUGUCCAUGGAGGCAGUUGUGUCACCAUCCCUGGAGGUGUUGAAAAGAUGUGUAGAUGUGGCACCUGGGGACAUGGUUUGUGGGGUAGACAUGGCAGUGCUGGAUUAAUGGCUGGACUUGGUGAUCUUGGAAGUCUGUUUUAAAUGAAUCUGUUAUUCACUUCUGCCUCUGGCAGAAGGCUGGCCUGCCUUUCCAGGCUGAGCGAGUGGUGGAAGUAACAUGGGAUGGCACCAGGCUGUGGGAAGAAUGGACACAACACCUUGCAGAACACUGUUCAUGACUGGGUUUGUGUUGGACAGAUUUCAGACACACAGGUUUGAAUAGAUAGAAGGAGGAAUAUUCCAUAGGUAAUCCAGAGGAAUGUGUGGGAGUUUUUCUCAUGGGAUUUCAGAUGCAAGCUCACUGCUUUGAAACAGCCUUGGAGGGCCUGGCCUUUCUCCAUGGACUGCAAAGGGAGCAUAGAAGAUGAGCCUCUCUGGACUAAGCCUGUACUUUGUGAAUGCCACAAGCACUUUCCUGGAGAAAGGAUGUUCUACCACAUCGAGGCGUUCUGCCACAACACUGUGCCUCAAGUCCACUGCUCUAGGGAAAAUUUCUCAGCUUUAUUGUCAGCCCAUGGAGCAACUGGCUCUAAACCACCCCAAAGAAAACCAAUUGUUUUAAUUUAAGACUUUCCAAUAAAGUGUUCUAAAAUUUUCUUCUUUAUUCAGGAUACAGAUUUUUUGGUUUAUAUUAUGUGGCCUCUUACUGUGGUUUUAUCUACUUUGAAACUGAUACUGUUGGAAUGAGCAAACAUUACUGAAAAAGUGGUGUACAUCACUUAAAUACUGCAGAGAAGGUAAUUCUUAGACCAAUGGCAAAUGAGUCACAGGGUAGAAGAUGACAUUCAUUGUUGAAAAGAAAGGAUACCAAAAUACAAUGCUUUGCCAUUAGAAAAGGAGACUAAUGGUAAGUCCUGAAGUCAAAAGAAACAGAAGAGCUAUUAGAAUAAAUUAAAAAUUAAGCAAACAUGAAUAUCAUUGAACAAAAGGAUGCUAGGUAAACAAGAACUGA